UUGAGACUUUCACAACACAUCUCUUGCCAGUGGAGCUAAAAUGAAGGCUCUACUUUGGCUUUACUGUGUUUCGUGGUUUGUCUCCUACUUCUGUGCAGUACCCCAAAUACGGAGUCUGAAUUUAGAUUCAUUGAUUGAAAAUAUACCAUCAUUGGAUGCCUCCAUUGACAUACCAUGGCUUGCAUCUAUGCCUGAUAAUUGUCAGGGUAUUGUCCUGACUCCAUGGCUGAUCCUUUCUACAGCUAACUGUCUAAAGAAAUCGAAACUGUCACACCUGGACAUUUCAGGAGUGAAUGACCCAGAAAGCAUCCCACAUGGCCAAAAAAUCUGUCUCCAUCCCAAGUUUGAUCCUCAGGAUGAAAAUGACCCAUUAAAAGCAGAUAUUGGCCUGGUCAUUCUGGAAGAGCCUCUCUAUGGGGAUGAAAUACCACUGUCUCAGUCCCCUAAUGUAUCCCUGAAGAGUUGUUCCAAGUGCCAGUAUAGAAACUGUGAUGUGUAUCAAUACCAAAGCAGCAAGAAACUUGGAACCACCAGAGUGAAGAAGAUAUCUGUGCAGUUGCUGGACUUCUCAACAUGUCACCAUCAGCAUUCAUAUCUAGAGAAGAGUGAGGGCAUGUGCAUUCAGAGUCAACCACGGGAAGAUUGCUGGAUACAAAGAGCCAGUCCUGUUCUAUGUUUUCUAAAGAACCACUGGGAACUCGUGGGCCUUGUACAUAAGACAUCAAGGAUAUGUCAAAAUCCCACAGUCAUCGUUAGAACAGCUCACUACUUUGCCUGGAUAAAACGAUUCAUCAAGGCAUCUAAAAAGCUACUGAAUCCAACUUCCUCCUUACGCUGUAGGGCAUUGCAGGAAAACGAGCAUGUUCCCCAAAUCAAACACAGCCAUAAUUAUAUCUCAACCAUGGCCUCACCUAAUACGUCCUUGAUGUCCUUGCAAGAAAACUUAGGCAUUUCUCCACAAACCAAACAUAUCAACAAUCUCCCUCAGAUCUUUAAUUUUAGUGAUGUGAAUUAUUUUACUGAUAGUCAUAAAUUGUUCCUUGAUAAAAGCCAGACCCCACCACCUGUCAGAUUUGUAGCUGAGCAAUUGAAACCAUUUGCUGUUGCUAGACUUCCAGAAAAAUUUGGACAGAAUUUAAUUCAGGUUACCCCUCCACCUAAUACUGGCGGCCUUCAUAAAUACCCAUUAUCUCAGCUUAUAUCUGAUACAGCUAUGCCAUAUACUUCUCCUAAGACCGGUAGUGCUAAACCCUUGGGUCUUGCAGCCAAUAAUCCUGAUAAGUCUUUUGAUAAAAUCAUGGCAGAUGUAAUUAAACAAUGGAGUCCAUCUGCAGAUGAUGAAGUGGAGCCUGUCCGUUUCCACGAUACUAGUACAACUGAUGAAUCUUGGACGGAAACGAGUGAUUUAGAUGAAUACAAAAACAUUUUGAAGAGCAUGGCAAAUGCUUCUCAAAAUCAAAACAUGACUCUGGGCAACUCAGCUCCAAAAUUUCAUUUAUCUGACAAAAAGGGACCCUGGGAUUUCUUUCCUAUUAAUCAAACGGGUCUGCCCAUGGAGUCUUAUGAAAAUAGAACUAUUCUCCAACCAAGUGGUACAAUUAAGGCGUGGAAUUCUUCUUCUGACUAUAAUGCAAAUUCUCAUGAUCAAUCAGUUAUUGACUCACUAAAAACUCAGAAUCAUUCUGUGUCUGAUGCAGAUAGAUUCCAGAUUGUACCAUUGGCUAACAUAGGUAUGCCCCCAACUUCUACAGCCGUUACCGAUGCAUCUUCACCUGAUGUUGAGACUACAAACCCGCCACACCAAAUUCCAUACAGUACACUACCAACACAAGACCAAUCUUCCUUUAAGGACAUGAUACAGCCUACAGCUGAAAUUCAACCAUAACUAAAAGCUGAAUCUGAAAAUGCUGGACAUCAGAGCAUUCUUAAAGUAAUGUGAAGUAACAUAGCAGAAUUUCUUGUCUCUAUUGAAACUCAUAUAUUUAAGGAAACAAGUUACCUUAACUCCCUUGGAACAACUUAUGACCUCAUUUGAAAUAUCAUUUGUCCUAUGGAAAAUUAUGUAACACUCAUCUCUUUUCAAAAUAUUAAAAAAAAUUAAAAAGCAAA